AUGGCCACCUCGACCGAGCCUCAUAUGGACGGCGCAAGUGACUCGUCGUCGCUGUCGGAUCCUCUCGACACAACCAAUGAUGAAGGCUGGGAAGACAUAGAGCAAGAUGAGGAGCCCAUGACUGUCGUCUCUUUGCUCGAUGCGACCACGUUUCCCUCUGCGCAGAGUAUGCUGGCCCACUGCCGAGACUCGCGUGGCUUGGAUAUCUGGAAAUUAAGGCAAGAAUUUGAUCUUGACUACCUAGGACUCGUCCGGCUGGUCAAUUACAUCCGAUCGGAGGUCAAGGCUGGCAAUUCGCUGCCCGACGUCUCUUCGAAAGCUCUGUUCGAUGACGAAAAGUAUCUCAAGCCUGUCCUGGAAGAUGAUGCGCUGUUGUACAGUCUGGACGAUGUCUUCGAAGAGAGCGUGAAUCCCGCUCCGCUUUCCGAAGUCGAACAACUCCGAGAGCAACUGGCAACUCUACAGAGUCAAUUCUUCGCCUAUCGGGAGCAAGUACAGAACGCCAUGCUGGAUCGCUUCGGACAGGCGGAUCCUCCACAAGUUUCGAGUGCCACUCUUAAUGGUGCAGCAGUGGAUGCAGGAAACCGAGGCAGGAGCCAGGCUGAGCAAUUCGACAAAGAUUAUUUCCAGUCCUACUCGUACAAUGCGAUCCACGAAUCGAUGAUCAAGGAUCGCAUACGGACCGACUCCUACCGUGACUUUAUCUACGAUCACAAGCAUCUCUUCAAAGACAAAGUGGUCCUGGACGUCGGUUGUGGCACGGGCAUAUUGUCCAUGUUCUGUGCAAAAGCCGGCGCCAAGCUCGUCAUUGCGGUGGACAACUCGGGCAUCAUCGACAAGGCUCGCGAAAAUGUGUUCACCAAUGGCCUGCAGGACAUUGUGAAGUGCGUCAGGGGCAAGAUUGAGGAGGUCACUCUACCGGUCCCCAAGGUCGAUGUGAUCGUCAGCGAGUGGAUGGGAUAUUGUCUCCUGUAUGAGUCUAUGCUCGACUCGGUCAUCUACGCGCGAGACAAAUAUCUCGCCGCGGAUGGCUUAAUGGUGCCUUCCCACGCGACGCUGCGAAUCGCUCCACUUGCCGACUCGGACCUGAAGGCCUCCCACAUUGACUUUUGGCGCGACGUGUAUGGUUUCGACAUGACGGCGAUGCUAGAGAAGGCGCACGAAGAAGCCCUGGUGCGGGUGGCAGACGAGAAGGAAUUGGCCGGCGAGAGCGUUGCAUUCCUGGAACUGGACUUGCACCAGACCACAGUGGACGACUUGACCUUCACCAAACCUUUCAGAACGACAUGGCGAGAUGGAUUCAAGCUGCUGGAGGGCUUUGUCGUCUGGUUCGACAUCUUCUUCAACACGUCGCGGUCCGAGAGUGUCCCUCCCGGGAUGACAGCUGCUGAAGCCAAGGCGAAAGGCGUGGUGUCCUUCUCGACCGGGCCUCAUUCUGAAGCGACGCAUUGGCAACAGGGGAUUUUCUUGGUCAAGGACCCCGUCGAUGAGUUCAGCGCUGGGGACAGCCUUGCCGGCGAGGUGACUUACCUGAAGAAGCAAGGUCAGGAGAGGUCGUUGGACAUUGACAUUGCGUGGAGAAAGGAGAGUGUGGGCAGAAAGGAAAGGGAGCGGGUGACGAAGCAGAGGUGGAUAUUAGAUUGA